UGCCCCCUAUGCGGCCAACAGGUCACUGUCGGUACUGCGGGGAGUAAGAACAUGGACAUGCACAAGGGCAGCAAGAAGUGUAGGCAGCGGGAAAGGCAGCGGGAAAAGGAGACGAAAGAAGAGGAAGAACGGGCGAAGAAGAAGAAAAAGAAGAAGCCGAUGAAGCAAUGCACCCUCUUCGAGAUAGGGAACCCCCUCCUCCCUCCAAGUCAACCAGGCCCUCUUCCCUCCAGCGCCGUGUCUCAGCCGGUGUUGGGCCCUUCUAGCUUGCCUUCUCAACCUGCUCCCAUCGCACGACCAGCCCCUUCGCCUGAGAUCAACGCGCUGCUGGGCCAGCUACGUGAUGCCGUCGCGCACAUGCCAAGUUCUGUUCUAGUUGGAUGCAACACAGAUGAGCUCGCAGUUUUCGAGAACUGGGCAGAGGCUUACCGGAGUAAAGAUUGCGACACCAUCUGGGAGGACGCAGAUCAACAGAUGAAUGCCGUGUUUGGCUCUCGCAUACCUGAGGAGGAGAUUAGGGCGCUGAUACGGAGAGGGGAAGCUGGAUUGGAUGGAGUGCUCACCUUCCUCGAGUUCCUCCUGAUCGACAAAGGGAUCAAGCCCUGCCUGGUGGAGGGGAAGGUCAAUCGCCUCCUGAGAGCCAUCGAAUCAUAUGCUUCGGUUGUGGCAACUGAAGCGUCGUCGAGCGCGGGCGCGUUUUCGACGACAGGCGCGCCCUCGAUGUCGGGUGCACCUUUGACGUCCGGCUCGGGUGCUGGCAGUGGUGUGUUCGAUUUGUCGUCGAUACUGGACUCGUCUUCGAUGGCGUCUGCGCACCUUCCAUCGUCUCAUGCCAUCGUCAUUGACGACAGUGAUGACGAUCGAGACGCUGUCCGCAAUCAUGGCAACACCGGGAAGAAGCCGGCAUCGGCGCUCGUCGACAAGCGCAUGCUCGCCUGCAGGGGUUUCGAGUUACCGGUUCCAGACGGGCAGUGGGGCGUCAUGCUCUACCCGUUCGCGUUACACACGCGGAGGGUUCUCCCGUGGUCAGUUCAUACAGAAGGCCGGCGAGUUUGGCUCACCGCGAGCAAGUGCACGGGUACCACAAAUGCGCAGUCGUGCACAGCGUGUACGUCACUAAAGGACAAUGGUCAGCUUGUUUCAAUCGUCAAACGCAUGACGGAUGGCGUGCACGAAAACACACCACAUGUCUACCAGCCUAUCAGUGGCUUGCACGACAUCAUCCGCGCGAAGACGUUCCAAGUGCAGGCCUUACGUCUCGGCCGCGUCAAUAUGUCGAAGAGUCUUGGACGAAAAUCUCAAGUCCUUGAUGAUCAUAACAAGUUCCUUGUUGCUGUUGGCAGCAGCAACAUGACGCGUGUUGGGCAGCUUGUCAAGGUCUGUCUCAAGAACGGGAUGUCGGUGAAGAAAAUGGGAGAGCAGCUGGCCAAGGCUACGCAAAAGCUGUAUAGUCCAAAGAGUUUCGACAAGGCUGAGAAGAGGCUCGCCGUGUUGAUGCUUCAUCUUGCUGGUCCUCGCCUCGUGCAAAUCUAUCAUAAUGCGAUAGGCUCACCUUCCACCAGUACACUACGUCGUUUUGCAGCGACUCAUCCUCUACGUGCGUCGGCGGGGUUCCCUACGGUGGAGGAGGUCUGUUACAACAUCAAAAAUACGUUCGCAGGCGGGGGGAACUUAGGACUCACUGAGGAGUCAGCAUCAAGGGCAGAGGAGGUUUAUGGUUACCAGCUGAUGAUCGACGAGAUCAAGGUGGAAGGGCGUCCACGUUGGGAUGAGAAGACAAACAGGAUUGUUGGCGUGGCGCGAGAAGAUGCGGACCGUAUUGGGCUAGAGUUUUGUUCUGAGGCAGAGGCAUACGCGCUUUGCAGGGCGGUGGCAGAUGGAAAGGUGCGACUGGCUGUGGAGGCGACUGUAGCUGCUAUAGGUUUUCUCGCAGGUGAUGCUCGGUCUCACGCUGCCCGGCCUAUUCUUGUCUCAGGAACGUGCAAAGCAGAAGAUGCGCCGACUCAUGCAACACUCAUUCAAACCGUCAUUGAUGCAUGCGAGCACGAGAAGGUUCCGGGCCGAUUGUAUAGCAUUGCCUCUGAUGGUGAGGCACGCCGCGGAGCAGCCCUUGUCAUCCUCACGCACAAACGCAAAUUGCCGGCAUCAUCACCAAUCUAUUCGUAUGUCGGUAAGCUACCACUCAUGAACACCUUGGUGGGCGACAACGACAUCACGUCCGACAAAGACUGGAAGCACGUCAUCAUGAAGCGUGUGCGCUGUGCUAUUCUCCGGGACAAAGGGAUCUCUGUUUAUGGCUUUACUAUCACUCCUGAGACAUUCAACUGGCAUCUUCGCUCAAAUGAUCUAGCACCCGACCAGGUAGAGCAUCUAAUGAACCCAAAUGAUAAGCAAGAUGUGCUCUUGGCGGUAUCCUUGCUCAAGGAAAUAUGGGAGCUUCCUGAAACAUCUAGUUCGCGCCCAACUGUCAUCGCCGCACGGAAGCAUAUCCGAAUCUUCGGCGACUUUCUCAGGCACCUCAUUACCCCUUACGUGGAUCUCGAUAUGUCCCUUUCUGAUCAGCUGUCGCAUCUCAGCGCCGCUGCCCAUCUUGCCUGCAGUCUCUAUACAUACCCGGGGGGUGGGACCGCAUUCUUGCCAAAGCAGCUAUACACAGACAUCCAAAUUCUUAUCAAGAAUGUGUUCUUUUGCGUUGCGAAGGCAAAGGUGGACCGGCCACUCGGAAACUUCUAUAUUAUCAUGCUCGGUACCGAUCGUCUUGAGAUAUCCUUUGGAAUCUACCGCACAAUAAUUGGUAAUGAUGCCAACGCAGACAUUCUCCAGCUUGUCCAUCGCAUUGCACACACCAUCCAGUCGUCACAGAUACUUGCCGAAUACCCAGAGUGGGACAGUACACCCCCAAAGAUCGACCAUGUCAAUCCGGCCUCUUGGCGCGGCGAUGUCUGCUUGCUGCAUGUCCUUCCCAUCACUCCGUGGACCCAGGGUCGAGCGCUCGUUGAGCGUGCAUAUACAGCCUUCUCGGUGCACGACUGCUUUUUGGGGAUUGAAGAAGCCGGUGGCGAUCUUCUAUUCCCUGACGGCUGCCAUCCAUCCAGCCCCGGGCCCUAUCCCAUCUCAGAGCCAGAUCCCGAUGAUGUCCUUGAAGAUGACCCAAUUCCACAUGCUGCUCCCGAACCUGAAACGGACGACCUGGACCUGGAAGACCAAGUUGCCAAUGAGGAUGUUGUGCAAAACAGCUCGUUCUCGCCAUAUGUCAAAGUCGAGGGUAAAUUGGUAUACAAGGCCCGUGUCCUCCGUCAACUGUUUCGCUUCAUUUCAUCAGCCGGCUCAACGGAUCGCUUGAAACGGGUCAUGGGGCUUUUGCGGUUCACAGCAGCCCCUGAUAUCGAUACAAGUGUUCUCACUUCGCUCUCAGUCUUUGGUGGUGCUCGCCUAUUUGUUGGCGAGCCUCUAGUUACUCUCGUAAAGACAGAUUCUCGUCUAUUCCUGGCUGUUGCACAGGUCUCCGCGAUUCACUUUCACUCAAGUCACGUACUUGAAAUCCCCGCCACCGCUCUUGCAGAGGAAGGAGUGUCAAUCACUGCUCAGAUUCUUGUUUUGCAAGAACGACGAGCCGAGAAUCUCGGUCCGGAGGCCGAGGAUUGGGAAUGGACGGGUAAGAUGGGGAAGAUGUUGAAGUCUGCCCCCGGGCAUAAUUACCAGGUGAUUAAUCCCACCGUCUUCCCCACCGACUCCGACAUCCCUGCAUUCCUUUUCACUACGGCAGAACUGCAAGCGUUCGCUACCAGCCUUCACGCUCAAGUCAUCCGCCUCGAUGGUCUCACUCGUCUGCCUUUGCUACCUGCAAACGAGGACUUCCCAUAUAGAUCGGCAGGUAAGAGCAUUCUCGUUGACGUGUUUGCGGCUGUAUUGAGUCGUUUAUUGUAG